UGUUUUGAACUCCAAAAUCAUCUUCUGAAAACUUCCAUGAAAUUAAUUACUACAUAUUUUAUCUUCAUUUCAUUCUUUAAUUAAUUAAUAUAUACUGAAGCUAUCAAAACAACCACCCUUAUCAGUUUAUCGUAUAAGAAGAUGAAUCUAUCUGGAUUGACUGGUAGUCCCACCAAGUAUUGCUUUCGUCUACAUUCACGAGGUCCGGCUUUACCAUGUAAACGGACUUCUGUGUUGAGUAAAAGUAGAGAGUUCUAUAGUGUUUAUAAAAGGCGAGAUAAUUUGGCUGGUUUUAGUUUGACACAGAGAUAUAUCACAAGAAGAAGGAAUUCUUUGGUGAAAUGUGCCAUGGAUGCUUCCUUCGGUGAUGCUAGGGAUGAAUCAUCAGCAGUUUUUCCAAGAAUCAACAUAAAGGAUCCAUACAAAAGACUUGGCAUCAGCAAAGAAGCUUCUGAAGACGAAAUCCAAAGUGCUAGGAACUUUUUAGUUCAAAAAUAUGCCGGUCAUAAGCCAAGUGUUGAUGCAAUUGAAUCUGCGCACGACAAAAUAAUAAUGCAACAGUUCUAUGAGAGGAAAAAUCCCAAAAUCAAUGUCAAGAAGAAGAUGAGGGAAGUAACCCAGUCCCGUUAUGUGCAGGCUGUUACAAGCAGAUUUAGAACUCCGGCUACAAAGUUCAUUAUCAAAACGUCCAUCGCCUUUGUGGUACUUGCAGCUCUAACAGUGCUCUUUCCAACUGAAGAAGGGCCCACCCUUCAGGUUGCAAUAUCACUGUUUACCACAAUUUAUUUCUUACAUGAGCGGCUACAGAGCAAACUCAGAGCAUUUCUUUACGGGGUUGGAACUUUUAUUGUGUCAUGGCUGUUAGGAACGUUCUUGAUGGUGUCUGUUAUUCCACCAAUACUCAAAGGGCCAAGGAGUUUAGAAGUGACAACUUCGUUGGUAACUUAUGUGCUUAUGUGGGUUUCAUCUACUUAUCUCAAAUAGAUACAACUUUUUCACGUGAAGUUCCAAAUUUUGCUCUUAAGAAUGUGCUAGUUUUGUUGCAGAGGUCAGGUUAACGGGUAAUUUCUUACCCUACAAGUUGUUGUAUCUAGGGAUUGUGACAUUACUUUUGUGACUUAUUGUUUGAACUUUCCGAAUUGCUCAUGAUCAUUUUGAUGAAUCAGUUAUUUUGUUA